AUGACCCAUAACAACAAUCCCUCGGUUCAGAGGACAGCGCCGAUACCCAUCGCUCCCAAGCCUCCCAGGCCUGAACCAGCCGCGCACAGGCACCCCAACAGCUUCCGUCGCUUUGAGAUAGGGCCACCGAGCCUCCAGGGUAGGGACGCUGUCUCCGUGUCUGCGCCUGCCAACCCCAGCCACGGCGGCGCCGCGUCGCUACCGCCCUGCCGGGCCUGCGCGUCGACGAGCUCACGGUGUAUCCCCAGCGAGGACGACGAGGGCUGCAUCUCCUGCCAGGUGAAUGCAGCCGAGUGCUCGCUGCUGUCGUCCGCGCAGUCCAGCCCGCAAACCCGAAAGAGGAAGCUCAACGGCCAUAGGUCAGAGAUUAGCAUCAAGAGAAGUUCCCCAGGCACGCCCACCCGGCGAAGGAACCACGCCGCCAGUCUGUCCAGCACUGCGGCCAGCAGCUCCUUUCUGGAGGACAUGGCCAAUGUCGGUGGCCCGACCAUGCUCAAGAGGACGCUGGGUCUCCAGGCGGAUCGGUAUAGCCAGUACAUUGGCCCCACCACAGACUUUGAACCGUCGCUCAUCAAUCUCUCGUCAUUCGACCCCCAGGACGAGAGUCUCUUAUCGCGCGGCACGCUCCGCAAGGUCAGUGACGACGACACCUUUCUGAUGCUGCCCGACCAUAGCACACCUGGGCACGAGCAUCUCACCCAGGACCUGGACGAUAUUGAGACCCUGGUGGCGCCCCACGGGCGCAGGCUGAUCGAUCUGUACUUCCGAAUCGUCCACCCCGGAUUCCCCAUCAUCCAGAAGCAUGUCUUUCUCGAGAAAUACGAGCGCUCGUACCGCGAGUUCUCGCCACCCAUAUUGGCCGCCGUCUACAUCUUGGCCAUCAACUGGUGGGAGCACGAUGAUGUCCUUGCCCACAUACCGCGCCCCAACGUGAGGGAGCUGGAGAGGCUGAUCCGCACAACCUUGGCGGAUGCCGUGUACAGACCAAAGCUAUCGACAGUGCAAGCGGGACUUUUGCUGUCGCAACGACCCGAGGGGGACCAAUGGGCACCCACCGCACAGCUCGUCGCGAUUGCGCACGAGCUCGGGCUACAUCUGGACUGCUCAGGAUGGAAGAUACCACCGUGGGAAAAGGGCCUGCGGAAGAGACUUGCGUGGGCGCUGUACAUGCAGGACAAAUGGGGGGCAUUGGUCCAUGGCCGACCGUCUCACAUCUUCAGCUCCAACUGGGCCGUGCAGAGCUUGACGUCCAACGACUUCCCGGAUGUGGAGUGGGACGAGAACGACUUGGAGGAGAAGCAAGACAUUGAGCGAGGGCGGCUCGUCUUCACACGCGCUGUUCAGCUGUCGGAUAUUUUGUCCGAAAUCCUCGACACCUUCUACACGCUCAACGCGAUGCAGACGGUGUCGGAUGCCGGUGCGCAGGGUACGCCUCUGGUGCUGUCUCUUGCGAAGCCCAUCCAGCUCAAGCUAAAGGAAUGGUACGGCAACCUGCCCAACAACAUCCGCAUCGAUUCGUCGUCUGGAUACUCGUCGCUCGCCGCCACGGCGCAUCGCUUCACCAGCGUGGGAUACCUCCACCUGGCGUAUUUUGCUACCGAGAUCACACUCCACAGACGCAUCAUCAGGUCGCUGGCGGCAACGGCCUCGACGACGGACCCGUACGUACAGAACAUCUGUCGCAGCGCAGCCAAGGCACGCCUCAUCUCCGCCAUGGACUUUGUCAACAGGCUGGGGCCCAUGCACCUGCGGUCGUUCUGGUACUUUGCCUCCAAGACCAACUUUGCGCUCAUUGGCACAUUUGGCUCCCUACUCUGGGCGACGUCACCAGGGCGCGAGGAGGCGGAGUGGUACCGUCGGCGUCUGUCAGAGUAUAGGUGGACACUGUCCGUGAGCUCGAAACCCGGGGAGGGCAGGGGCCUGACCGACUUUGCCAUGGGCAUGCUGGACAUUUCGGCCGGCUUGCUCAAGCAGCUGCCCGAGAAGCCAUCCAUGAGCCGGAAUGGCAGCGCGGUCGACUUUGGCGGCCCCUCGGGACCGGCCUCGUUCUCGGGCCCAGGGAGCAUACUCGACAACUACGGCAGCAACGUGGCGAGCGCUGAUGUCAGCGGCGUGCAGAGUCCCAGGAGCACCCGGUACAGCAGCGACGAGGAGGAGGACGAGGAUGAUGAGAUGGAAGAUUACCCUCGCAUGAGGUGA